AUGCAUCGAGCAAGUGUGCUCAGCUCCUGCUGCCUCCUCCUGCUUUUGGGGGCGCUGCCUGCUCGGGCAGCCAGCGAGGACCCCCUGGAGAAGGUGAUCGAAGGCAUCAACCGAGGGCUGAGCAACGCCGAGCGGGAGGUGGGCAGAGCCCUGGAAGGCAUCAACAAUGGCCUCACACAAGCCGGAAGGGAAGUGGAGAAGGUGUUUAAUGGACUGAGCCACAUGAGCAGCCAGGCCAGCAAGGAGGUGGAGAGGGGCGUCAACACCGGCAUGGACAAGGUGGUCCAUGGGAUCAACAAUGGCGUCGGACAUGCAGGAAAGGAAGCAGAGAAGUUUGCCCAUGGGGUCAACCACGCUGCUGGACAGGUUGGGAAGGAGGCAGACAAAGUAAUCCAUCAUGGGGUCAAUCAGGCGGGAAGUGAGGCAGGGGGGCAUGCCGCGGGGCAGGCUGGGAAAGAGGCUGGGAGGCUUGGCCAAGGGGCCCACCAUGCCACAGGGCAGGCUGGGAAGGAGGCAGAGAAGUUUGGCCAAGGGAUCCACCAUGCCGCAGGGCAGGCUGGGAAGGAGGCAGAGAAGUUUGGCCAAGGGGCCCACCAUACUUUUGGUCAAGGUGCCCACCAUGCCGCAGGGCAGGCUGGGAAGGAGGCAGAGAAGUUUGGCCAAGGGGCCCACCAUGCCGCAGGGCAGGCUGGGAAGGAGGCAGAGAAGUUUGGCCAAGGGGGUCACCAUCCUUUUGGCCAAGGGGCCCACCAUGCUGCAGGGCAGGCUGGGAAGGAGGCAGAGAAGUUUGGCCAAGGGGCCCACCAUGCUGCAGGGCAGGCUGGGAAGGAGGCAGAGAAGUUUGGCCAAGGGGGUCACCAUCCUUUUGGCCAAGGGGCCCACCAUACUUUUGGCGAGCCUGGGAAGGAGGUAGAGAAAUUGGGCCAAGGGGUCCACCAUACUUUUAGUCAAGCUGGAAAGGAAGUUGAGAAAUUUGGCCAAGGGAUCCACCAUGCAGCAGGGCAGGCUGGGAAGGAGGCAGAGAAAUUUGGCCAAGGGGCCCAGGAUGCUUUUGGGCAGCCCGGGAGGGAAGCAGAGAAGUUUGGGGAGGCCGCUCACCACACCCUGGAGCAGGCUGGGAAGGAGGGCGGCACGGUGGUCCAGGGCGCUCACCAUGGGCUCAGCCAUGCUGCCAUGGAGGCCCAACAGUUUGGCCAUGGCGGUGGUCGUUAUUACUCAGCGGGGCAGGCCGGGGGAGUGGGAGAAAGAAUCAUUCCUGGUGUUCAGGCUGGGGUCAACCAGGUUGGGAAAGAGGUGGAGGCGUUUGGCCAGGGAGUCCACCAUGCCGUUGAACAGGCCGGAAAGGAAGCAGACAAGGUGGUCCCAGGGGUCCACGAUGGGUUCCAUCAGGCCGGGAAGGAGGCAGAGAAGCUUGGCCAAGGGCUCAACAAUGCUGCUGGUCAGGCCGGAAAGGAAGCGGAGAAACUUGGCCAAGGUGUCCACCAUACUGCCGACCAGGCCGGGAAAGAAAUGGACAGGUUGCAUCACAAUGUUCAUUAUGGGGUCAACCAAGCCGGCAAGGAGGCCAAUCAGGGCAGCAGCCAUCAAGGCGGGGCUUCCGGCCAUCAAGGAGGGGCCGCCACAACGCCAUUGGCAUCUGGGGCGUCGGCCAACAAGCCUUUCAUGGAUUUGCGGGCUCUGUGGAGGAGCGUCGCCGACAUCAUGCCAUAA